AUGCCUGCCUUUCAGGCUAUCAACCUUGAGCCUGCGGACGACCAAGACGAACAGAUUGAUACAACCAAAGAAUUGCAUGUCGAUGAGGCACUCAAAAGAUUUCAGGCGGCCUUGAAGCUGCACGCUCGAGGCCAGAAGUCACGGAAAGCCGCCAGCGCCGCCUACCAAGAAUUAUUCGAAUCCGAAAUCUUUUGCUAUCGUGAAGCCAAAACAGACUACGAUCGUGCUGAGCGACAUGAUGCUGCAAGACUCGACACCUUUGCCGCCGACAAUUUCUCAACUGCUCUGGAUGUUGAUGCCGGAGGUGCAGAUGGAGUGGCCGCAAGCCUGUCCCAAGCCUUGUACAUGUCCUACAAGAAUUACGGCCAGUUUUUCUUGGACCAACUGAAGGAUAGGUGCGAAUCCGACCCGGACUGGGCUAAAGAGUUGCGAAUACGAUACCACGACCACGACAGCGAUAAAGUCCUUGACAACUGGACGGCGGCCCUCGACCAAGAUCCAUCCGACCCCGAAUUAUGGAGGAAAACGGCUCGGUUUGCCGGCGCGAUGAACUCGGGUCGGAUAAAGCGAUAUUGUCUGGAAGCGGCCAUAGAACUAGACGAUGAUCCCGCCGUUGCCGAAGUUGCUCCCCCAUCGCUCGCAGAAGGAUUUGCUGGCCAACAGCUCAAGGAACAUCUGCAGCUCCUUGACGAUGAUGUGUCGCUCUCGCACCCCAUAAUAAAGCCGUGGCUGAAAAGGGAAAUGCCCGCUCUACUGCUCCGCCAACUUGACCCCCUUCCAUUCCUUCCUGACCCGUCGGCUCUCCUUACACCCCCAUCUUCUUGCCACGAUUACGGAAAUAAAGACGAAGACGAAAAGAAAAUUGACGUUGCAUACCUUUCGGCGAAGGGCGGCGAAUCGUCGCCACAGGCAGCCAAGUCAUGGACCGAGCUUGGUGUGGAACUGAUGAGAUGCAUUCAAGACACAAAAGGUGCUCUACAGGCAUGUCGUUCAAUUCUUGAUGCCGCCCACCAAGACGCAAAGACGGGCUUCCAAACCGAGCAGGAAUCUGAACCAGUCACCCAGCCUGAGCCGGAACCCGAGUGCGAGAACAAGCCCCCCAACUUGAAGCCUGACACUGAUAUCAAGGCCGAAGAGAGAGUGAGACAGACUGAUGAAGAUCCUCCUAUCGUUCGACGGUCAACUAGACAGGGCUCCAAGGCAAACGCGAGAGCAAAAGUUGAAACAAGGCCAGAUGCGCCCGUCAACGGGCUGAAAGAAUCCGUCAUGGAAGUCGACCAGGAAUCCCAGGAAAGAUGCACCUCUGCAUUAAUAAGGAAACGAUCUCAGUCCGCUGCAGGAUUGCUCGAAGGUGCCGAUGAAGGCAACGUGGCGGAGAAACGGAGCAAAAGAGCUCGACGUCGUACAGAGGCCGCUCUCAGCGAAGAAGCGAAGGAUUCAUACACCAGCGCCUCAGUCUCGUUCCACAUCAUGCCCUUUCAUGACUGCGACCGCAACUUGUUUGAAUUAACAAAGAACAUAUUGGAGAGCAUUGGCGUAGAAGACCGGGCGACCAUGUUUUACUGGGAAGAACUGCUCGAGUCGUGUGAUACGAAUGACAGGCUCUCGAAACUCUCUCACCCAGGAGCCAAGGAUCUGAGUCAUGUCUUAUCCAACUUUGACGAAGAUUUGGCCAAUGUUCUUUUGAACAAGAAUGAACAGCCAACACUAGGGCUCUCUUCCUUUCUGGAACACACCAAGUCAAGCUCGCAAGAUCAGGACAACAUAUCUCCCUUGGACGAAGCCGAAGGCCUUGAGGAUUUCUCGGAAACGGUUCUGGAUGGGGCUCAGUGGCUGACCAGCGACGACAUAGCUUUUGAAUGGGUUCGAGCCAUGAGCCAAAGCUACACAGUGUCCAAAUGGCCGGAUACUCUCAAAGUCGCCGUUGUCCAAAUGCUUAAUCGAGCCGACUCCGUAUUGUACACACGCAUAACCGAAUUUCUCAGUAUUCCAACCGUAUCAGAGGUCGAGCUGAAUAGACUAGGCGAUAUCCUCCCCAUGCUUUUCGAGCUGCAUAUUGAUAUCUAUCAAAGAAUUACAAACCCGAGCAGCGCGGUCGACUAUGCCACUCGUGUUGAGACUAAAUAUCGAUUGGACAGAUGGAUGGAGACCAUGUCAAUGUAUGUUGAAUUACGAGAGUUGCCGCAGAAAGAUCCCCUCUGCGUUCGAUUCAUGUGGGCUUCUGUGAUGGCUUCGUCUCUCACAGACAAUCCCGUACGAGAGCACAUCUUGCUUUUGUGGACUUCUCUCCGAGACUUCAUGGUGAACCAAGACGUGGAGACCAUCAACUUGCCCAACAAUGCUGUCAUGCCAGUGAUAUCUCCGGCUGCUGCCGAUCGAGAACUUUCCAAGCUGACUACAAUGGACUUUUUCCUCGGCCUAUUCCAAGAUGAAAUGAAUGACCCUGUAUCUGUGAUUGAUACCUUGGAACCUGUUCUCAAUCCGACAUCUGUAUUCUUGGCGGAACCGGCACCAAGUGUUCCUGUAGGCGAGAGCGGAAGGGACAAUGACAGCCAAAGUACUAACGACAGUGCAGAAGCUGAAAGUGAGGGUCAAAGUAGUAAGAGCGAAGACGGCUCUACCUCUUCACAAGAAUUGGCCAUUAACCCAAAACCUAUAUCUGAGAGUGCCACACAAGGCAUGAAGGACUUGUGGAAGUUUCUGUUCAACAGCAGUACAGAGUUAAGGCUCUUCUUGUGGUCUCGGCUCGGAGACGCGUACGAAGCCAUUGGAUAUCCCACAAAACAGUUUUCGUGUCUUUUGAAAAGCAUCGAAAUGAUGAUCAACGAUUUAGAGGCAGAGGCCUACACCAAAACGCCUGACGAGUCACGAAAACAUCUCUUCAUGCGAACCUUGAAGUCCUUGGAUGAAUUGAUUAUCCAGGCUUUAUCAAUGUCAUUGAAUGAGCAGACAGCCUUUGACAUCAUUGAUGACGAACAUCUAAAGUCCAGCUCCGCCGCCAUUGCCAGGAUCUCGGCAAUGCUGCAUGUCACCACCCUCUGCGAAGAUGAAGGUCGUAUUGGGAUAGCGGCCUUGCCGACCGGCAACGCCAAUUUCAUGACCUUGAUCAGCAAACUACGAGACAUGCAGGUUCGCACAUGGUGCCUGCUUUUCACAGUUUUCAGGGCCGGGUUAUCGCAGAGGAAGGAGGCAUGUCCCGAGACCCAGCUUGCGAAAUACCUUGACGGGGUUCAUCGCGUCUUGGGUUUGCGAAAGUUUUGCAAAUCAUCCAACAAAAUCUUACUCAAGGUGAUGCGUGUGGAGCUGCUCAAGUCAAAGAAGUUUGACGACUGGAUAGAUUAUCUCGAGCAAGUGUUGUACGACUUGUUCGGCUUGAAGCUUGGUGUGGGAGCCUGGGAAGUCACGGACCAUGCCUGUCCGACUGAGAAGCUUGAGAAGCGCCAGGCCAUGCAGCUGGUGGAAAAAGUCAUGAUCCUGGCAAACCGCACGAAGAUGAAGGACUUGCUCAAAUCGGACUUGAAAGCCACCAUUGACCACAUGCAGCAAGCCAUCGGACAAACCAAGUCCACGCCGCAAAUGAUCCACAACUUGCGCAAUUUCACGGAAAUGCUAAAGAAACCAAUCCACCCUCUCCGGCUAUACCAAGCGCUCUCUGGGAAUGUAUCUGUCGAUGCUGUAUCUGUCAACAUGCCCGAGACGGCAUUGGCCCGACAUGGCUGGUUUUUCCUGCUGGGCAUGAUCGCCUUGACCAAGUUCAAAGGCGUAGAUUUGAAUCGCCGACAGACUCCGGGUGCCACGGAUGAUUUGCGCAUCGGGGCAACCUUCUUGAGACUGCAAUUGCAGUUUACUGCCGACAGGUGGGACGCGUGGUUCCGGCUCGCCGAGUGCUUCGAUUACGAACUGGACGAGGCAGUGCUCUGGACUGCAGACAAAAUGAACAAGGAGCGCUCUGAAUUGGUAAAGUAUCAGCGCAACGCAAUCCAUUGCUACACACUGGCGCUCUCUCACUCUCGACACGAGCAAGUAGGAACAAACGAUGGUGAUCCCCUUCAUGAUCUCUAUCACAAAUUCGGCUUGAGGCUGUACUCGUCAAGUCGAGAGCCGUUUGCGAUGGAACCGUUUCAACACUCCGAUCAGGAACGCUUCUUCAUUGAAGACAUGGGUGCCGGCACUUUCAAGAGAAUCUUGCAUGAUCAGAUGUCUGAGUACAAAGUGUGGAAACUCGCAGCUCGAUUGUUUAGAAUGGCCAUGGAGAGAAAUCCUCGCAACUGGAAAAACCCUUAUAUGCUUGCUAAAUGCUACUGGAAAAUGUACCAAACACCCUCUGAUCGCCUUGAUAACACGGAUCGAAAAGCCGCAAUCACCAUGACGUCUCUCCUCGAUAUACUCAAGAAGUCGAUCAAAGUGUCCCACAGCGCCAGGAGAUCAAGGAAUAGUGAUCCAAUCUUGGAACCGCACUACAAGCUUGUUUCUAUUUUGCACAAACUAGUGACCCGCAAAGAUAUCCUCCCGGCCAAAGCAGCGUCGAUUCUGGCUGAGCAGCCGUUUGGGGUCGUUGUGAGCUCCGACGACCAUUUCGCUUCAUUCUCUGAACCUGAGGAUUGGGAAGAGUACAUUGUAAAAAAUCUGAACAAGCUCCGUGAAAAGGACAAGUCGAAUUGGCAGCACAGAAUCGUCAUGCGACACGCCAAGAUUCUCUUUGACGAGAGCAUCAUUGGGAUGGAAAGCGACGGCUUCGUGGAAGCGAAAGCCGCUUUUGCUCUGCUCAAGGAGAACAUGUUCACCAAGACCAUGGUAAUGAAUGUCUGGAAGUGCGACGCUGAGCGCCCGGGCCGUCACCACGUCUACACGGAACAGUAUGUGCGUUUCAUGACCAAUCUCAUGGUUAUCAUGUCGGACCGGACAAACGUGGAGCUGCUCCUGAGGCGGCUACGCAAGCGGGGGGCAGAUUUCUACCAUUUUACAGACCUGUGGCAGUACAGCUGCACUGCAUAUGUCCGGCUAUUGCGUACAGCGUACAAAGUGCCCGUCACGACGGACGAGGCAUUCAAGCACAUGUCCAACGAGGAAUUCGAGAUUAUGAGUCAUCGCAUCACCGAAUGGGCCGGCGGAGAAGGGCAACCCAACGCAGCCUUUGAGUGCAUGAAGGAAGCUAUUGAAGUCAAGAAACUGAACGGCAAUUUGAUGAAGGUGGCUCCGAUCGAUGAUCUCAUCAACGACUGCUACACCACCAUCUAUAAAGAGGUGGCGGGAACUCUUCCAGGGUUGGAACCGGGUAAAAUCAUCGAAGAGCGCAACCACGCCAAAGAGGUGGCGGCCCAACUGGAGGCUGCGGCUCAGGCUGAAUCAAAAACACCAAAGUCGCUCAUCAACCUCCUCAACCCACCAAGUGGAGGGGACAGCGCGGCUGGGACAGCUACUCCAAUGGAGACUGACAAAGCAGAAGUUGUGCCUCGAGCCAAGAGGCUGGCAGGCGUGCGACGUCCCGAGGUUCUACGCAAAGCCGAGCAAGCUGUUAUGCGAGCCUUGGAAGCACCAAAAUCAGGCGCAAAUCGAGUUGGGAGUAUGUCAAGCACUAAGCGUGGUAGCCACACCCCUGCUCGUGCUGGUAGCAAGCAUUCCAGUGACGACGACGACGACGACGACGACGACGACGACGAGCCAAAUGGCCAAGGUCGACGACAAACUCGCCACGGUGCUGACGAACAGAUGAAAGAAACUGACGGAGACGAGAAUGCUGUCGAUUACUCUCGCUUGGACGAUAAAGAUGAAUAUGGACACGGCAGUAUACAUGACUCGGCUGAUGAAAGUGAUCUCAGUGAUGUUCCCGAAGGAUACGAUGAAGACGUUCCGCCUGGUCUUUUGUUUCCCAACUUGGGCCACAGUCGUGUUAGUAGCGACGACGAGGCCGAUAAUGAGGAAAUAAUAGAGGAAGAGGAUCAGGUGGGCGAGGAAGAAGAGGCAGAGCACGCAGAAAGAGAGGACUAUGACAGUACCGCAAAUGAGAUUCAAGUUGGACACGAAGAGGACAUGGAGGAUGAAGUAGAUGUGGGAGAUGAAGGGGCGGAGGAAGAAAGAGUGACCCAUGAGGACACGGAAAUGGCAGACGCUGACGCUGAAGAAGAGGAAGACGAAGACGAAGACGAAGAGGAAGACGAAGAUGACGAGGACGGAGACGAGAUUGAGGAAGAUGAAGAUGAUGAGGAAGUCAACGAAGAAGUUGGUGAGGAAGUGCGGGUGGGCGUAGGGGAAGUCGAAGACGGAGUAGAAGAGGAGGAGGCAGAAGAAGAGGAAGACGAGGAAGAGGAAGAGGAAGAGGGUGAAGAAGAGGAAGGUGAGGAGGAGGAAGAAGGCGACGAGGACGAAGAGGACGAAGACGGAGUAGAAGGGGAUGCGGAGGAGGAAGGUAGUGAGGAAGGGGAAGAAGGGGAAGAAGGAGAAGAAGUACAUGAGGAAGUGGAAGAAGAUGAUGAUGAAGAAGGAGAAGAAGGAGAUGAAGAUGAGGAUAACGAACCAGAGGAGGAAACAGGGGAGGAGGAGGGUGAGGAAGAGGCCGAUGACGAAGCAGGCGAAGAAGAGCAAGCAUAG